AUCUUUUGAAACUAUGAAAUGGAGAUGCAUCUGCAGAUUGGUAUCUUUUGAAACUAUCAAAUGACAUUGUUUACCAUUAAAUUGAAGGAGGGUCAUAUCCUCCCCCUAACCCUAAGAUGAAAUCUGGGGUAUCUUCCAUCUUUAGUCCAGUGCUUUGGCCUUCAAGUUGAAUGUCUUAGAAGUCAUUCAUGAAAAUACCGUUAUUUGAGUAGUUGGAGAUGUCGCAGAGCAGCAUGAACUCCAUGUUCAGAGACUGCAAAACUCUCAAAGACCUCAAAAGAAUCCACGCGCACACCAUCAAAACUGGUUUCAUGUACGAUCCUCUCAUACUCGGAAAGCUACUCCUUUUUGCGGCUACCUCAAUACCGGACGCCAUUGAUUAUGCUCAGCUCCUCUUUGCUCAAAUCCCUUCUCCUGAUCCAUUUAUGUGGAAUACUCUUAUUAGAGGACAAGCUGAUAAUAAUCCCCAUGACUCCAUUAAAACCUAUUACUCCAUGAUAGAAGAUGGCAUCAAACCAGAUAACUUCACAUUUGCCUUCAUCUUUAAGGCUUGUGCAGGCCUUCAACCCUUGCGCAACCCUUGUACAAAACUCCACCCCCAUGAACAAUCCACACGCCACCCAGGUGCUCAACUUCACACCCAUGCUAUUAAGCAUGGGUUUGAUAGUCACCUCUAUGUUCAGACCACCCUGGUGAGCAUGUAUGCAUCAUUGGGUAAUGCCACCCCUGCGCGCCAAGUCUUCAAUGAGAUGCCAUGGCCAAAUGUUGUCUCUUGGAAUGCAGUUUUGGGUGCAUGUUUCAAGUGUAGAGAUGUGAAAGGUGCAAAAGAGCUUUUCGAGAGAAUGCCAUGGCAAAACUUGACAUCAUGGAACACCAUGAUUGCUGGUUACAUGAAGCUUGGUGAUAUUAUUGAGGCUGAAAAAGUGUUCAAUGAAAUGAACGAGAGAGAUCUGGUCUCUUGGAACACCAUGAUUGCAGGUUAUUCUCAGAAUGCAUGGUGCCACGAAGCCUUAUUGUUGUUCUCUAAGUUGCAGGCCUUUGGUUUGAGACCUAAUGAGGUGAGCUUAACUGGGGCUCUCUCAGCUUGUGCUCAAUUGGGGGCGGUAGAGUAUGGAAGGGUGAUACAUGGGUUUGUCAAUAAAGCUGGGUUUGAUCAUAUAGUCUCUGUAAACAAUGCACUUUUGGAUAUGUAUGCCAAAUGUGGAAGCAUGGAUGAUGCCAGGAUGGUAUUUAACCUGAUGAGUGAAAAAAGCCUGGUUACCUGGACUGCGAUGAUGGCCUCUCUUGCUAUGCACGGUCAUGGCAUUGAUGCCAUCAGUCUCUUCCAUGACAUGGAAGCAUCUGGGACAAGCCCAGACGAAGUCACCUUCAUCGUGAUUCUAUAUGCUUGUAGCCACGCAGGGAUGGUACAAACUGGUCUUGAAUAUUUCAAGAUGAUGGAUAACUACAGACUCGUACCAACGAUGGAGCACUAUGGUUGCAUUGUUGAUCUCUAUGGCCGUGCGGGCCUCUUAAAACAAGCAUACAAAUUCAUUGUUUCGAUGCCUAUAGAGCCCAAUGCGGUCGUAUGGCGCUCAUUACUCGGAGCAUGUAGCAUCCAUAAUGACAUUGAAAUCGCGGUGCGUGUCAGGGAGCAUCUCUUAGAGAUGGAGCCGCAGUACCCGGGGGACUAUGUACUCUUAUCGAACAUUUACGCAAUGGGAGGUCAUUGGAAAGAUGUGGCCUCUCUGAGGAGGUCCAUGAACCAGCAGAGGAUCAGGAAAACUCCGGGAUGGAGCGCCAUUGAGGUUGAUAAGGUGGUGUAUGGUUUUACGGUGCGCGAUGAGCUAAGUGGUGUUGCAAAGGAAGCUCACUUGAAGUUAGGGGAGAUCAUGUCGAGGCUUAGGGGCAAGGGCUACGUUGCUGAGAUUGUCAAUGUGUUGCAUGAUAUAGACGGGGAAGAGAAAGAGGAGGCACUUUCUAAGCAUAGCGAGAAGCUCGCCUUAGCAUUUGGGUUGUCGAGAAUGGGAGAAAGGAAAGGGAUUUUAAGAAUUGUCAAGAAUUUGAGGGUUUGUGGAGAUUGCCACACUGUGAUGAAGCUUGUGUCAAGUGUGUAUGAGAGGGAGGUUUUGGUAAGGGAUCGGAGUCGGUUUCAUUUGUUCAAGGAUGGCUCUUGCAAUUGCCAUGAUUACUGGUGAGCCCCAAAUAGUUUUUGGUCGACUCACCCCGGUGCCCUUAAAGCACAUUAAUCCGUUUCCUCAUCAAGAUGGGGAUCUUGAAAGAACUGAAAUGAACGACUCCAAAAACCCUCUAGAAGUGAUCUUUGAAGAACAGAAGAUGCGAUAUUUGAAAAAACAUAAAAUUCA